AUGUCUGACGUUUCUGAGACUGUCGUUCAAGACCCAGUGGUCGUCGAGCCAACCGAGGAGAAGCCAGUCGAGACUGCUGAGACUGACAACGACGUCAUCGUUGUCGAAGAGAAGACAGAGGAGCAAAACGGUGAGAAGACUGAAGAGACUCAAGCUGAGGCUACCGAGGCCGCUGAGGAGAAAAACGAGGCCGACGCUGAGGUUGCCGAGGAAGAGGAUAAGGCGGAGAACGGAGAAGCCAAGGACACCAACGGAAACGAUCGUAAGCGUGUGUCAAGCGCCAACGAGGAAGCUGUCGUCGAGGACGAGGAUGCUCCAUCUUCCAAGAAAAGCAAAGUCGACGAGGUCGCCGCUGGAGACGCUGUUGCUGCCGAAUAG